AUGUUCAAGAGUCGAACCAACCACCUUCACGGACUCAUCAGCGAGGGUGAACAGAAUUUUCUAACGCAAAUAAAAAAUGGCGCCAACAAUGCUAACGGAAAUUCUCCCGCCGAAUUUUUCCAGCUCGAAUUAACCAUAGAAAAAGUCUCGAUUGAUGCCUCGUCGCUCCAGCAGACCAAUCAAGUGGAGGUUUCUCCCUAUCUGAUGAUCAAGGUGAAUGGAGUUUAUAAACAGAGGACCAAGGCUAAGAGAAAUAAUUUAAAUCCCUCCUUUAAUCAGACCUUCUUGUUAGGCUUGGAGAAUCCGAAUCGGGAUAUCAUACAAAUUUAUGUUCAUGAUAAGGAGAGGAAUGGAGAGACGAUUGGAUUUUGUACGAUUGAUCAUUUGAAUCAAUUUAAUUUUGGAAAUAUUACUUCGUUGGAGUUGGAUUUGGAAGCUCCUUCAAUUGCUGACUUGACAAGGAGUUCGAUUUUUACUGAUGGAAUUUGUGGAAGUAUUCAGGUGGAUGUGAAACCUUUGAAUUUUGGAGCUACAGAGAAGGAGGCUUCUAAAUUGGGUAUUGGAAAGAAGAAGAAGAAAGGUGGUGCUGAGAGAAAUGAAUCACCUGAUAAGAGUAAUACUUCUUCACCUGUACCUGGUGCUGUUGCAUUGACGACAGCAAGCAAUGGUGAUCAUCAUCCAAAGAAGAAAUCAGAUCACAAACCACAUUUCGAUUUACCACCACAGGAAGAGGAAGAGCAUGCAUGUCCUCUCGACAAUGAUGCAGCUCAAAAGAGAAAAUCCAGAUGGUUUGGUGCUGAUCCACUCGGCACACCAACUCUGGAAUCGAGUUUCAAUUUUGAUGAUGUGAAUUUUCAAUCAGCCAAUACGACAAGCAUGGGAGAGGAUCACUUGUUUUCGAAUAGUGGACCCAAUCUUAUUCAAAUAGAAGGCGAGAAGGAAUUUACCAAAACCAAACAACAAUUCAAAUUGCUCUAUGUUAUGGCUAUGGAUAUUCAAAUGUUUGGAGAGAAGGUUAACAAACUGGAAGCUCUCUUGAGCAAGUGGGAACACUUUGAAAACGACACUGAAAAGAUUAGAAAUUCCAUUCAAUCAUGUAUUUCAAAAGCUGAGAAGAAGAGGGAAUUACUGGACAAGUUUAUUCCAAAACUGAGCAAGAAAUUACCUCAGGUCACUAACUGUAAAUUAACCAUUAUGAAACUAACAAAACUUAAAAUACAAUUCGAGAACAUUGACAAGCAAUACCAAAACUUUUUAAAGAAACGCCAAAAGAUUGAAAGACAUCACAAAAAGAAGAGAAGUGAAAGAAUGUUGGAAUUUGACGAGUUAAUGGACCAUGUAUUAUAUCAAACAGGAGCUUCUACCACUCAACAAACUUCCAAGAAAUCUAAAGAGAAAUCUCUUGAAAUUCCUUCACCUACCGUUGCCACAGCAAAAGAAGGUAAGGUGGAUAGAAAUGCCAGAAAGAAGGAGGAACAAGUUAUGAAAAAGAAGCAAUUCAUGCAAGCCAUCAUGGCUGGAGCUAGAGAUUCGGGUGCAACCAAUCCAGAUCACUUGGUGAGAAAGUACGAAGAGAAGCAAAUGGAACUCCAACACAAGAAGGAGCAAGAUCAACAACAAAAGAUUCAAUUCAUUCUCAGUACUGCCGAUGCAGAAACUAUUGAAAUGGAAAAGAAGAUUGCCCUUGAAACAAAGGCAGAGUUGGAAGCUGUGGAAAAGGAUUACGCUGAACUUCAUGAAAUGUACGAACAAAUGAAUUUCCUCAUUAGAGAACAAGGUCAAGGACUCAACAUUAUCGAAAAGAACAUUCAACAGGCCAAUGAAUAUGUCAAGGAGGGAACUGAAUACGUCAAAGCAGCUAGUGCCUGCACCACAACUGGCAUUUUGACAGGUGGCUUUACAAAAGCAGCAGUUCUCAAAAAGUUAAUUUCAUAAUUUAUUACUUGUACAAAUAUCCCAAUAUUAAACCCAAAUUUCUAACCA